CAUAGCUAUUUAUACGUUGUGACUAUUUGCGGUGGCAGGUGUAAUAGGCGUUGAUCUAGUGGGCAACCAUGUUUUCACAGAUCAUAGAUGGCAUAAGUUGACAAGGUGUGGUUUGAUGACAUUUGCUGCUUAGUGUAGUUUAGUAUUGUGUUUAAGUGUGUUACGUGUUGCGUAGAGCAAAAUGGGGCUAAAGAAGUUUCAAAUUGUCUUUGAUAAUCCAUGGUCAACAUAUUAUAGUGGUCAGCCAGUGACAGGCCGUUUGCUUCUGACUGUCGACUCGCCAAAAAAGAUUCGGGGCAUUGUUAUACAUUUUAAAGGUGAAGCCGCAGUUAAAUGGAGUGAAACAGAAACUAAAACGAAACAAAGCACUCCUGCUGCCACCAUUACUAGUACUGGGAAUGAGGGAAAUGUGGCUGCUGCUGCUACUGCUACUGCUGCUGCUGCUGCUGCUGUUGGUAGCUCUAUUCAGAAUGUCACUGUCAAUUUCUCAUCACAUGAACAGUACUUUGAAAACAAAUUUAACUUGCUUGGUGGGAGUGGUGAAACUGAAUUGCCAGCUGGAGAUCUUUGCUACCCAUUUGCUACACACUUACCUCCAAAUCUGCCAUCAUCAUUCGAAGGAGAACAUGGGCAUGUUCGAUACACAGUAAAAGCUAUACUAGAUCGACCAUGGAAAUUUGAUCAGGAGGCAAAAGCAGCGUUCACUGUUAUUUCUCCUUUAGAUUUAAAUACUCAUCAAACAGCAAAGGAACCUGUCAAGAAGGAAGUAUCAAAACACUUUGGUUUCUGUUGUUGGAGUUCAGGACCUCUGACAAUGACUUUAUCACUGCCUGUUAGUGGUUAUGUUCCUGGUCAAGACAUCCCCAUUACUGUUGAUGUUGAAAAUAACAGUGACGUACCAAUACGCGAGGUGAAAUGCACUUUGAGAAAGUUACUGACUUUCACUGUGACAAGUCCUCAUAAAAGUACCAAAAAAGACGACAUUAAUAUUGGGGAGUUGGUACUGGGUACUGUUGAGCCUCAUGGAACAAGCAAUUGGACACAGGUGCUGAAGGUUCCACCUCUGCCUCCAUCCAAUCUGAACAACUGCAGUAUAAUUGAUCUGGACUAUGAUCUGAAAGUAAAAGCAAAAGCUUCUAAAUGGCAUAGAGACCUACAGUUAGCAACACCAAUCAUUCUGGGAACAGUUCCUUUAACUUCUUAUCAACCACCUGUUUUUUCAUCUGGGGAGAAGCCUCCAGGAGAGGUAAACGGUGAGACAUCCAGUGUUCCUGCUGGCACAGGUGAUGCCACUAUUGGGUAUAACAUGCAACCGUCUGUGGGACCUGUUGGUAUCGGAGAACCUCAGGCUUCAGGAAAUUCUGGAUGGAAUAUGCUUCCAUCUGACACUAAUGCGCAGUCACAGGGUGUACCUUAUGUUCAGCCUAACGUAGCUCCACAAGGACCUGCGUCUGCAUCUUUAUAUCCAGACCUGUCUCCAGCUACAUUUUCUGAGAGCAUGUUUGGUCCAAAGAAUAUCAAAGAUGCAGGAGACAAUCAGUACACGCAGGGCAACUUGGAAUAUGCUCCACGGUAUCCAGUUUUCAAUUUUGAGGAUAAGUAAUGUUGCCAUUAAGAAAUGUUGUGCUUACUAACAUACAAUAUUCUUAUUGACCGAGGAACUAAAAAUCACAGAGUUGCGAAACCUUUUGCAAAGUAAUGAUCUGAUGUAUUGUAAAAUUUACCUAAAAAGUGAAGGUGAUGUACCAUUGAGAUUAUUUACCAAGAAUGGAACUUUCUGAGCCUUUUUGACUGUUGCAUUAAGAAAAUUUACUAAACAUAUUUACCCUAUUUGGUGGUGAAGUUACGAAGAGUUCUUGAGUAGAAAGUGUAAGCGCACAUUGUCAGAUAUUUGUUGCAUUGGCCUUGUCAUUACAGCAUGAAAAUUCACACCUAGAGUAGAAGUAUUUAUAAUUUGUAUUAUAUGCAGCUUUUAUGUUGUGAUUUCUUUUGGUCAGCUUCAGAAUUUUAAUACUCUCAGGAUACCGUUGCUUUCCUACGCAUUCUUAUAACCCAUCAUAACUUCACCAACAAAAAAUGCAGCUCAAAGGAAUGGAAAAAUGAAAAUUAGCUUUAAAUAUAUGAACUAUAUUAAUAUUUACACAACACAUGCAGUAGUAAGGGCAAAAGUAGUACAGCAGCACAAAUUCCUCAUGUGUAGUGGACAUGAUAUUGGGCUAGUGUGAAUUAUGAGAAACUCUGCUUUUCAUAAAUUCAUCUUCCACUGCCCUCGGCUUCCAUGGAAUAGCUUCACGUUUCUCAAAUCCUUAUGAAUGCCAUCCAUCUGCUGCUGUAGUUACGUUUCCGUAGUCCUUGGCUAUUAAUUAAAGAAUACAGUGAGAGUUCCUAGUUCUACUCCAGGGGUCUGAUUUGUUGAGUUUACGAGGCAGUCUUACAAUUUUUACAAUCUAAAUACUCAUUCAAGAUCAGGUAAUUGUUAAGGGACAUAUUAGGGUUAAGACACUGCUUUUCAGCAUUGAGAAAACUAGAAAUGGUGAGUGAAAUUCUGUUUCAUAAUAAUUCUUAGAAUGCUCUAUUCAAAUAUUCUUCUUACUUCAUAUUCUUUAACAUUUAUGAUUGCUGAUUUAAUAUUUGAAGGCAGGUUUGUACACAUUACUAGGAAAGGGCAGUGCUUUAUAUAUCAGAGUUCCUAUUGUACUGUCAUGUUAAUACAAAACAUUUGUAUUUUAAAGUAGGUGGGACUUGUUUAUUUUAGUAUUUUUUUAAAAUAUGCUGUUUUAUGAUAAAUGUUUAAUGUGAUACUUUUAUUAAGGUAUUUCAUUAGUUAUUUUCAGAUGAACAUUUGAUAACAUAUUCAGACAUCUUCAUCACUGUGGGUCUACAGUGGCCGCGCGGUCUGAGGCGUGGGCCUUGUGUCGCUUGGUCGCUGGGACCGUGGGUUCGAAUCCCACUCAA